AGUUUUUUUUUUUUUUUUUGCCUGUGGCGUAGCUCCCUUACCUUCGUCUCCUUCUGUCUUCUCUCCGCUGCCUCUGAAACCUGGAAGCAGAAUACGAAGAGUUAAUUGAAUGGCAGACAAGCCGAGCCGAGCCCUAGUCUUAUUCGGAGACGGGUUGGCUCGUUUUAUUGAUCCGUCCCACAUUCAUCUUCAUUCUCUCGCGUCCGCAGGUUUCUGUGGUUUUUUGAGCCUUCCCGACUGUCCUCUCUCAGAUAGCGAGGAUGAGAGGAUUGUUAGGGAGUUUGCUGUACUUCUGGAUGCAUAUGAGACGUAUUUAAAUAUGAGUGAGCAUAACACUGAUAAAGAUAGUCAAAGGAAUUUGAUGAAGCAGUCCUUACCUAAUAGGUUCAUGGGAAUGAAAGCUGCCAUACUGAGUAACAAUUCAAGUUUGAAAUCUUUUAGUGCCAAACUUGGCUUCCAUACACUGCAAUUAGAUGAGUUACUGAGAGCUCAUGAUGCUGAUUUACAAGUUAAUGUAGAGGCCCUUGAGCUACUCAAGUUGCUUGGCUUUCAAGAAGGAGAGGUGGUAGACAAUCAGUUUGAUGUCGUUUUCUUUCACAUUGGAGCUGGUGAGAAGGUGAACAGUAAUGAAUCAGAAGUGAUUGCAGCUGACGUGGAGUAUGCCAAUGCCUUAGUUUCAGGGAUUAUAUGCCAAGCCCAACCUGGAUCUGACAUCAGCUCCCGUCUUCACUUGUCUGUUGUUCUGAGCUUUGGGAAUGUGUUGAAUGAUGAUGAUACCAAGUUUUCAGUUUCAAAAAGUUUUGAUGAGAACUCAUAUCUUUCAAAGCUUUUUCCUUCACAAAGUUACACCAUGAAAGGAGAAACUCCUCGGGCGGAUGUAAGGCAUCAUUCUCCUAUGUUGAUUGCUCAAUUACGGCAUGGUGUGACUCGCAAAGAUAAUGCAGAGAAAUUUUCAUUUGAAGACUUCAAAGAGCAUGGUGGCAAUCUCACAAUUCCGGCAGAUAGGUUCUUGCAUGAGGUAGCCUUUAAGCUUUGGAAAGCUCCCAAGUAUGGAGCGUGAGCAUGAGCAUGGUUUUCAUUUCAGUUUUUACUCAUGUUACUGAGAUCCGUGUGCAUUGCUUCCUAUUGAAUAUGCCCCAAACGUCUGACUUAUUUAAUCAUAUUUUACUUUUAUCAAUCAUGUAAUAAAGUUAGUUUCUGAAUGAUACAUCUUCCCUCAAAAGACAGUAAAAAUCUGAUGCGAUGUUGAAAUUUUGACAUGCAA